GCCGUUUAAAUCUUUUCUAACCUAUUCAUUCUCAUUGUGAUUUCGACUUCCUACGUUUUGUUGAAAAUUUCUGUUUGGACAUGAAUUUAUUCCUUAUUGAUGAAACUUGAAGAGCUAACCAACCACGUGUUUUUAUUUCUUGUGUUAUCUUCCAUGAACAUCUUUUAAGUUAAACUUAGUCCUUCCAAGCAUUAGCAUAGUUGCUAAAAACAUAGGCCUAGGCUAAAUAAUUUUAAGAAUUAUAAGAAACGAAAAAUCUAACAGGUCGACGAUGGAUACGCGUACGUUGCCUCCUUCGCCUAGUUGGCAACUUAGCAAUAUUCUUGCUUGCAAUGAUGAUGGAUUACUUGCUUAUGGUGCCAGAAGUGAUCUAUCUUUAAUUGAUUUUAAGGCCAAAGGCCAAUUUGAUGUAUCAUUCAUAAAUCGUGCACACAAAGACAAGGUAAAUGUAGUGGUUUUCUCUCCAUCUAAUGGAAGUUUUAAGAACUGCCUAGCGACAUGUGGAGAUGAUGGUUCAGUGCGUGUUUGGGAUUUUAAAGAAUCCCAACAACGGUAUUGUCACUCAGGACACAAGGAUGGCUUGAAGAUAACUGGAUUGGACUGGUCCAAAGCUGACACAAACAGAAUUGUUUCUGUCAAUGAUUUGGGUGUGAUUGUCUGCUGGGACCUGGCUAGCAACACCAUCCGCAGACUUCAUUGUGGAAUAAAAAUCCUACCGUUGUGCCUAGCCUGUUGUCCCAAUGAAAAGGAGUUAAUUGCUAUUGGUUGCAAAAAUGGAAUCACACUCGUAGUAGAUACAAAAGGCAAUGGCAAGAUAGUUCAUCGUCUGCGGGGUCAUGAACAAGAUGUCAUAUCCAUCUCUUGGUGUCCUGUUCCUUACAAUGUCAUCAGGCAUAAAAGGAACAUGGACCCUCAAGCCGGAGGAGACUCGGAUGUGAAGUCGAGGGAUCUGCUGCUGGCCACUGGAGGAGUAGAGAAGUCCAUAUUCAUCUGGCGCACUGGCUCAGAUGGGAGGUUUGAAGUGGUUCUCAACUUGCCUCCUGCCCCAAUUGGCAACACAAGCAACAGAAAGAAGGCACCUAACCAGCUGGUACUUUGGACCAGUGUGCUGUGGGCAGAUCCUUACACACUGUUGUCCACCAGCCAGUUUGGAGAAUUGUUGUCAUGGGACCUGAACAAAGUGUUUGCCAUCAACGACAAAGCCAACCACAAGAGACCCCAACCUAGAUUGCUGCACUCCAGACACAACAAAGGCUGCUUUAGCAUCGCAACUCCAGUCUUGACUGAAACCUUGGAUAAAGGGGAUGAACGAUUGGUCUGGACAACGGCGAUGGACAAACAUGUGUUGGCAAGCAAGAUAACAACGGGUUCUGUAAUUCUGGACAUCCCUACCAUGGGAGGAGCCGUGUACUGUAUGGCCAUCAGUCCGUUGGAUCCCAACAGGCUUGCAAUUGGCAGCAGUGACAGUAAAGUGUUUGUCUGGAACCUAGGUGACCAAACCAAUCUGCAGAUCAGCAGUUAUUGGAAGAAAAUAAUUGGCAAAGUCAUGGCUCUGUGUUGGCACCCUCGGGAGGAGAACUGGUUAGCAUACGGCACCAGUGACGGACACGUUGGUCUGAUAGACUUGGACAGCAACAAGCUGCCCGUGCUGUUCCGUCUGCAUCACCGCAAGCAAGUGUAUCGUCUGUGCUGGGCCGCGCCACUGAUACCGGCCGACACAGACCACAAGGACCAGCUGGCGUUGUACUCAGUGGGGGAUGGAGACAUACUACAGUACGCCGCGGACAUAAAUAACCCUAACAAAGAACCAAUAUCAUUGAAUACUUCAGUCCUGAAUGCCAUCGAUGCAAGUCUGAACUUUAAAAAGAACCUUGUACGUUCUGAGAUUGUAUUCAAGCAUGACAAUUCUUGCUUUGCUGUUGGGAAUGAAAAUGGAUCAAUGUACAUCUUGAGCUGUAAGACAGUGAAUCUGCUGCAUGUCGUCUACCCUCACAAGAAGUUGAUGAACAACCUGGAGUGGCAUCCGGAGACUGUGGCCAGUGACAAUAAUAUAUCUCCUUACAAAGACUGGCUAGCUACUACUUGUGAGAACAUCAAGGUCUACAACAUACCUGCUGAGGGUCAGCCUGAGUUGGUGGCGACUCUGUCAGGCCACUCCAUGAAGAUUGUGGGUCUUGCCUGGAGCCCUCACUACAAUGGCAGACUCCUCUCCACAUCCUACGAUUCCUCUGUGCAGAUAUAUGAUGUACCCUCUCAGUCUUGCAUGGGAGUGUAUCUGAAACACACUAUGUCUGUCAUGUGUGGUUACUUCAGUCCUUUAGACCCCAACAUUGUCAUAUCUGGCUCUAGUGACAACACAGUCAGACUGUGGCACAUGUCCGAGCUACAAGCACCUUCUACCUGCAGGCCAGAGAAAAAGAAAGACAUAGAAAAAUUACGCAAGAAGCAAACAGUGGAAGUGCAAGAGGCAACAGAGCUCACAGUGGGUAUGUCUGAUCUAUCUCUAAAUAAUGAAAACCCCUCCAAACACAACACUUCAGCCAACUCCAGCAUGAACAGUAAUUCACAUUCUCCAACUAGCAGCAACAAAAGUUUGGAAGACUUUAGGAAGCGACAGAAAAGUAGAAAUAUGUUCAGCGUAACUGGGACUAAGCUGGCUCAAGCCAAGCAUUUCAAUGUGCUGUACCAGCGUUGGUCUGCGUCUCGCUCUGCAGUCAAGACAGAGGUGGAGGAGAAAGUGUCUGUGGAGGAGCUUGGAUAUCUCGACUUCUUUGGUGACGACAAAAGCAUGCCCAGACUACUCAUGGUGGAAGAGAAUCACCUGUCUACCCAAGGGUUAGUAAACAUCCAGUUGGUUCAACAGUCCAUGUUGUGGCGUGGUCAAGUGUCUCAGCUUCUCACACAGGCUAUCACUAAGAAGCAGCUCUCUGAUUGGCUGGUGUCUCUGGCGCCCAUGGCUGGGUUUGAUAUGUGGGAGAAAGCUAGUGAAGCGUACUCAGCCCAGUUGGUGGAGUGUGGCGAAGUUGUGAAAGGUUCAUCUUACCUGCUUCAAAUAAACAAGGUACACGAGGCAGUGAGACUGUUGGCCGACUACAAGAUGUACCGAGAGGCCAUCGCCAUCGCCAAGUGUCGUCUGGCACAUGAUGAUGAGUUGACAACCGAGGUAUACACAGAGUGGGCCACCACUACCCGACAACAGGGCUCUUUGCAACUGGCCGCUCACUGCUUCUUGGCUGCGGGCAACAUUCAGGCUUGUAUUGAGACACUGGCGCGAGACAAGGAGCUCAAGUCUCUCAAGAUGGCCGCCACCCUAGCCUCACAACAUGGCUUCCCUGAGCUGGCCAGUAGCCUCGCCACAGAAUGUCUAACCAUGGCUGUCCUGGCUGGUAACCUGGCUGUGGGACUGGAGCUGGUCAACAGCUUACCUCAGUUCCAGUCGUGGUGCUUGUGGCUGGCCGCUGCUGAGGUGGUGUCCAAGGUGAAGAACCGCAGCGAGAUAGAGGCUAUCAGCUGGGUGACCGGGCUACGUCAGGCACCUAUCAGUCUCUGGGACCAUCUGACCACCUCGUGUGCUAGCCUCGGCUCUACCUACCACAAGCUAUUGACGCACCUGUCCACCAACAAGACGCCUGAGUUUGAGCGAGAUGUAUGGUAUAUUGUGAGUGGGCAGCUUGCCGCGGCGUGGGGAGCCCAGUCUGAGGCUACGCCAGCUCACUGUCUACGGCACUUGGUGUCAGCUCUAUCUGCCGCCUUCCACUACCAGAACAACCAUCCCUCUAGCACUGUCACACUGCUCACUUUGGCUGUCAUGGCCCCUCACGGUAUUUUCAGCAAGGAAAGCAUUCUGACCAAAGAGUAUGAAACUCUUGAAGAAAAGCAGCUUAUGAAGAGUUUAAAAGCAUUUGUAUGCGCUUCCAUCAUCCAUUGGUUGAAUAAUAACUGGAAUAAGGUAGCUACACUGAGGCUCAAAUCUUCGGGACAGAGUAAUGCUGAAGAAAGCACCAUCGAAGAAAUAGAUUUCAAAGUUGAGUGGCUUGUGGAUCUGAUUACAAAAUAUUCUCCUGAGGUUCUUGAUGGAGAGAGUAUUUCGUUUUUUGUCAAAAAGGCUCAAAAAGAAGAGUUGUUGAGCCGUGUUACUGCAGAAAACAUCAAGAAGAGUGCAGUAAGGAAAAGCGAUAGCAAAGAGAAGACAAACCAGACUCAGAAUAAAGUUGAAAGUAGUACAGGAAGUAAAUUAAGUGAUAGCAAGAACCAAGAAGCCAAAAAGACUGAAGAAAAUCUAAAUUUGACUAGAGAAAAUAAAGAAUGUCCAUCAGUUGAACAUCAAAACGAGCAGAUAGAAAUGAACAAUCCUGAGACUGAUAAACAGGUUGGUUCUUGUGUGCCUGAUAAAACACAAGAAAACUCAAAUGGAAAGGACACUGAACAAAGAAAUGCAAUUGUUACUCAGAGUACAACCAGUUCAGUAGAGAAAAACUCUGAAAAUGUUAUAACUAAUACAAAUGGUAAUAUGCCGAACCAAGGGUCAAAUGGAAGCAUAGAAAAAGAACAUGCUUUUGAUGCUCAAGCUGAUGGAGAUGAAACAAUCUCAAAAAUACAAGAUAACUCCGAAAAAUGUGUACCAAAUGAUGAAUCUAAUGGUAUCGUUAUGAACCAAGGUUCUAAUGGAAGCACAGAGAAUGAAAGGUCUCUUGAUGCUAAAUCUAAUGGAGAAGACAAACUUUCAAAGUUACAAGAAUUGAAAAAACUUGAAGAAACCAUCUCUCAGUUUGAAUCAACACAUGUGUCAGUGCCUAGCCCCUUUACUUUCUAUGCUAACAUAAAAUAUCUGCUAGACCAAGUUGUUAGCAAACAGGACCCCAAAGUGGCCCAACAACUGCAAGAAAACUGUGAUAACUUGUGGAAGAAGUCCCAGCAAUGAACUUUUGUUCCUUCGUGUACCUGUGUUACUUAGUAUCAUAACAGUUGAUUUUACUUUUUUACCAGUAUUACCUCUUUUGUUUUUACUUUAUAUUUUAGAAAGUGACAUCAUUUUCAGUAAAUAGGCUAUUUGAAUUUUGUUAUUAUCAUCAUAGAAGUAGGCUUACUAGUAUCUCAGGCCAAUUAUUUUGAAAUUGUAAAAUUUUUACUCAACAUAAUUUUUGUUCUAAAGAAAGAUUAAUUUUCUUUUAAGAUUGGAAAAAUAACAGAUAAAAGUUUUUUUAGUUGUUUAGUAAAAGAUAA